CCAGAGCCAUGGCGAUGGAGGGGACAGCGCCUCAUAAUCAUCAACUGUGACCUAAAUGAACUGACAAAGAGUGGUCAGAAAGGUUCUAAGGAGAACCACAGAGAGCACGGAAGAGGGUCUUUAUUAUCAAGGAGAAGAGAGGAGAGGGAAUACGUGGCAAAGAUUUUGGAGUUGAAAUGCAGAAGAAGAUUGUCAUCAGAUAAAGAGAUUUCAGAGUUCAUGAACAGACAAGUUUACUCAGAACCUGCAAGCACAGAGAAAUGAAGCCAGUGUACACGUGGCAGAGAGACAAGUUUAAUGUCCCAGAACCUGGUCCUGCAUCUACCCUGGAAAAGAUUUUUGAGGAAGCUUUCCUUCCAGAAAAGAUGAGGAAGAUGGGGCCCAAGGAAGGAGUCACAUCUAGGAAGCAUCUGAAGGAGGAUGCAGAUUCCAGGUUCUGGGCUCUAUGCACUAUGCAAGUUCAUCCCUCUGCACUCAAGACAGAGCCUGCUCCUGGGUGGCACAGCAUGUCCCUUCUAUGCUUUCAAUCCCCCAUGCCCAUGGCCAUGCAAGUAAUACGAUUUUAAUUAAGUCUUUCUGAUUCCAUAGUCAGUAGUCUUUCCAUUGCAUCUUCCCAUGAUACUAUGCUGCAAGAAAGCCAUUUCUUAUACGGUAUAGAACCUUAGAGUCCGAAGGAAUCUCAGGCCACCUAGUCCAAUCUUUACCUGACCACCAGUUCCUUCAGCAGCAUCUUUGACAAGGGAUCAUCUAGCCUUUGCUUGGUGACCUCCAAUGAUGGAGAACUCACUACCUCCCAAAGCAAUUCACAGCACUUUGGGCUAGCUUGAACUAUUAGGAAGUUGUGUUUUGUUUUGUUUUUCCCAGCCAGGGACAAACUACUCUAGUGUCUUUGCCAAGAAAACCCCAAAUGGGUCGUGAAGAAUUGAACAUGACUGAUGUGACUGAACAACAACAAUAAAUGUUUAUUAGUUGACUGGUCUGGCUUUUUUUAAAAAGUCAACUAAAAUUAGUAUCUUCUUUUAGAUUUUAGAUAAUGAAAAUUUAUUUAAACAACUCAGCAGUGAAAAGGGAAUCUUGUAACAAGGUCACAGUGGAACUCUGGAUUACUUAGGACAAUAUAAUGGAUCCCAAAUCAGAAAACCUUGGUUCUAGUUAAUCGAUUAACAGGCAUUUGUCAUGACUUUGUUAUUAACUCUCUGCCUCAGUUUCUUCCUCUGUCACAUAAGGGUAUUGAAUUAGAGACUCUCCAGAUUGCCUUCUUAUUCCCAGUUCUGUGAUUCAUAUUCUAGCUAUCUGACCCUAAGCAAGCCACUUCUCUGUGAGCCUUAGUUUCUUCAUUUGAAAAAGAAUGAGGGUAGAAUCUCUUAAGCCCCCUCCAGCUUCUGAUCUUCUGAGACUCUUUAAGAAGUCAUAAAACUGAGAGUAAUUAGGUGAAUAGUUGAUAGAGCUCCAGGCCUAAAGUCAAGAGGACUCUGGGUUCAAAUGUGGCUUCAUAAACUUCCUAGCUAUGUGACUCUAAGCAAGUCACUUAACUCCAUUUGCCUAAUCCUUGCCUUUCUGUCUUAGAAUUGUUACUAGGGAAAAAAAAGUAAAGGUUUAUUUGUUUUUGUUUUUUAAAGAAGUCACAAAAUCAUCAAUUUGCAGUUAAAUGAAAGCUUUGGAAAUCAGGUCCAAACUCUUUAUUUUACAGAUGAAGAACCUGAGGACCAGAUGCAUUAAGGGGGUGUUCCUAGGUCAGACAACUAGUAAGUGACUGAGGCAGCAGGAUCUGAACUCGGGUCAUUCCGACACCAGGUCCAAUGUUCUACCCCAUGGCCUCUCAGAAGACCUUCACCUUCCCUUUCCUAGUUCAAAGUUUCGCUGGGGUUUUGUUUGUUUUGCUUUUCAAUUGUGUCUUUUAUUUUUUUUAGUAGUAUCUUGAAACUGAGAAAUAAUACAGCCUCUUCCUGGUGAAUAAAAUAGAAGAGAUUAGUCUGGGAGGACUGCAAUAAAGACAGAAAAAAUUCCCAGGCCACAGGGGAAGGACUGGCAAUGCUCCAGAAAUACAACACAAUCCCACCCUGGAAAAAGGGAACAAUCAAAGGUCAGAGGGCUGGCACAAGAAUAGCCAAUGCUGCCAGCCCAGCCAGGAAAUCUAGGGAGUGCUUUGGUGCCAAAAGUUGCCUUUGACUCCAGCUUUCUGGAAUCCCCUGGCUUUCACUGAUGUCCCUGAAGUGGGACCUGAUUAUCCUAGAUUUAGAGAUGGGGGGUGGUGGGGGGUGGAUGGGAAAGGACCAAAGCCACCCCAUUCAACUUGGUUACUACUGGUAUGGCCUUGGGCAAGUCACUUACCCCACUCCCCACCCCCAAAUGCAGCAGCAUCACUGAGUUUCCUCAACUAUAAAACAAGAAGUGGGGAGCAGGGCUAAACAGUCUCUGAGGUCCCUUCCAGCUUUCCUAUGAUAUAUGGCCUUAUGAACCUUGAAGUCCAGAGAAGUGACUUGAUUUGCCCAACAGGGCACUAGCUGGGCUUCAAAACUUAGCUCUUCAGAAUCUCAAUCCAUUGUUCAAUCUACUAGAACAGAGGGCCUGAACCUUGUUGAGUCCUGGACCCUCUGGAGAAUACGGACCCCCUCCCAGAAUAAUGUUUUUAAAUGCAUAAGACAAAAUAUACCAGAUUACAAGGAAACCAAUUAAACUGAAAUACAGCUAUUAAAAAAAAAUCUUCAAAAUAAAUUCAUAGCCCCACUGAGAUUCUUCCUGUGAUCCCAAGUUAAGAAUCCCUGUACUAGACCAUUUUAAAAAGUAUGAUAUCUAGCCCAACAUCCUCCCUUCAUAGAUGAGGAAACUGAGGCUCAGUGGUCUCAAAUAAUAUACAUUUUCCCUUUCCACUUCUCAUUGACCCAUUAUUUAUAUUCCUUCUGGGGGUGGAAGAGGGAGUAGAUAGAAUAUCUCCAAAGAUAAGUAAGUAUAAUUUCAAAGUCAUUGCAAAGGGGUAAAGGACAAACAAUUAGAGGAGGGGGGCAGAAAAGGUCUCAUAUAAAAAUCAAGAACAGAAUUGUGUUCUGGGGAAUAGCAGGAAUCAUAAAAGAUGGAAAUUAGAUCUCAAGUUUCUUCCAGUUCCAAACCUCAUGACAACUGAGACAAUUAUCUGCAUAAUUUGGCCACCAGACAAAAUAUCUCAAGCAAAACAGACUUCAUUUCUCUCUGUCUCUGUCUGUCUCUCCAUCUCUUUCUCUUUCUCUCUCCAUCUCUUUCUCUCUCUAGAUAUCUAUCUGCCUCUCUUUGACUCUCUUUCCAUCUCUUUCUCUCUCCAUCUUUCUCUGUCUCUCUCUUCAUCUCUAUCUGCCUCUCUUUGUCUCUCUCUAGUUCCACCUCUCCCUCUCUCCAUCUCUUUCUCUCUCCCUCUCUCCAUCUCUUUCUUUCUCUCUCUCCAUCUCUCUCUCCAUAUAUCUAUCUGCCUCUCUUUGUCUCUCUCCAUCUCUAUCUUGGUCUCUCCCUCUCUCCAUCUCUUUCUGUCUCUCUCCAUCUCUCUCUCCAUAUAUCUAUCUGCCUCUCUUUGUCUCUCUCCAUCUCUAUCUUGGUCUCUCCCUCUCUCCAUCUCUUUCUGUCUCUCCAUAUAUCUAUCUGCCUCUCUUUGUCUCUCUCCAUCUCUUUCUCUCUCCCUCUCUCCAACUCUUUCUGUCUCUCCAUCUCUCUCUCCAUAUAUCUAUCUGCCUCUCUUUGUCUCUCUCCAUCUCUAUCUUGGUCUCUCCCUCUCUCCAUCUCUUUCUCUGUUUCUCCAUUUCUUUCUCUUUCUCUGUCUCUGUCUGUGUGUGUGUGUGUGUGUCUCUGGCUUUCUCUGUCUCUGUCUCUCUCUCUGUGUCUCUGUCUCUCUGUGUGUCUCUCUCUGUCUCUCUCUCUCACACACACAUACACACUCACUCUCUCACACACACACUCACUUUCUCUGUCUCUGUCUCUCUCUGUUUCUCUGUCUCUCUCUGUCUCUCUCUGUCUCUCUCCCUCUCUCUGUCUCUCUCUCUCUCUCUGUCUCUCCCUCUCUCUCUGUCUCUCUCUGUCUCUCUCCUCUCUCUCUCUCUCUCUCUCUCUCUGUCUCUCCCUCUCUCUCUCUCUCUCUCUCUCUCUCUCUCUCUCUCUCUCUCUCUCUCUCUCUCUCUCAAGUAGCCCUGACUUCUCUCACCAUAUUCACUAAAAUGGUAGGUCCAGAGCCUUGGUGCCAGGUCCUCUGUUGA